AUGCCAUCAGACAUCCGCAGCUUCUUUGGUGGUGGCGGCAGUGCCCCCAAGCCGGCCGCACCCUCACAGACACCGAAGUCAAAGCCAGCCACCAAAUCUAAGUCCAAGUCACGCAAAGUCAUCAGCGAUGAUGAAGACGAAGAGGAUCUCAAGCCCGUCAAAGUCGUGACACCCAAGAAGAAGCCUGCAGCGAAGCCGAAGGCUGUAGAGGAGACGACAAGCUCGGCAUACUUCGCCUCUUCCAAGUCGAAGAGCACCAGCCAAUCCACACCAGCAAAGUCUUCCGCAGCAGUCUCCAAUCCCACUCCCAUCAAGGCUAUCAACGGCGCCACCCCUUCUACUGGAAGACGUUCUGCCCGAAAGCCUGGCCGAAAGAACUACAACGAGGAUGACGACGGAGAUGCUGUCGUCCUCGCUGACGAUGUCACCGGAAAUGAUGAUAUCUUUGCAAACGACUUCAAGAACGGCAAAGUCGAUGACUACGACGAGGGCAGCUCCGAGGAAGAUGUCGUUGUCAAGCCCAAGGCCAAGCGAGCCGUCAAGAAAGAAGAGACUGACGAUGACGACGAUCUAGAGAUGGCCGAGAUCAAUGGCUUUGAUGGUGGUCGCGAUACGAAACGCAAGACUGCCAAUGGUCGCAAGCGUAAGUCAGUCGAGCUUGAUGAGGAUGAUGACGACCUCGACUCCGACGAUGCACCCAAGAAGAAGUCAAAGAAGGCGACCGCCAAAGCUGCUCCGAAGAAGCCUCGAGCCAAGAAGACUCCCCCGGUCGAGGACAAGGCCGCACAGGACCUGCUGGACUCUAUUCCCACAGUCAGACCACCCACCCCUCCACCUCGAGACGAAGAUAGAAAAUUCGAUUUCCGAACUGGAGGUGGCAACUCGACUGCUCAGCCCGCAGGUGCCGGCAUGAAGCAAAUCCCUGAGGGCGAACCUGACUGCUUACUGGGACUUACAUUCGUUUUCACGGGCGUUCUGGAAACCAUCAGCCGAGAGGAAGGACAGGCUUUGGUCAAGCGUUACGGAGGCAAAGUCACAACAGGUCCUUCUAGCAAGACGAGCUUUGUCGUUCUCGGUAGUGAUGCCGGACCAAAGAAGCUGGAGACUAUUCACAAACUGGGGAUAAAGACCAUCAACGAAGAUGGACUCUUCUUGCUAAUCUCCAAGCGUCCCGAAGGCGGAGGCAGCUCUGCAGGCGCCGAGGCUGCCCAAAAGAAGCGCGAAGAGGAGGCCCAGAAGGUCAAGAAGCAAGCUGAAGAAGAAGAGCGGAAGGAGAAAGAGCGCCUGAAAGAGGAGGCACGAAUUGCCAAGAUCAAAGCUGAACGUACUGGCGCUGCUGUAAAGCCUACUGGCCCAGAAGUCGACAGCCGGCUAUGGGUGGAUAAGUAUGCUCCAGAGAUGUUGAGUCAGGUCUGUGGCAACAAGGCCACAGUCGAGAAGCUGCAAGAUUGGCUUCGGCAAUGGCGCCAGAAUGCUCAUUUCAACUUCAAGAAGGCAGGCAAGAAUGGCACUGGCAUAUUCCGCGCUGCCAUGCUUCAUGGUCCGCCUGGCAUAGGCAAGACUACAGCUGCUCAUUUCAUCGCCAAGUUGGAAGGCUACGAUAUCGUCGAGACCAAUGCUAGCGAUACGCGAAGUAAGAAGCUAAUGGAGACCGCUCUCAAGGGUGUCCUGGAUACCAAGUCGAUCAUGGGCUACUUCGCUGGAGAAGGCAAGAAAGUCGAGUCCAAGAAGCAAAAUCUCGUGCUGAUCAUGGACGAGGUCGAUGGCAUGUCUGCUGGUGACCGUGGCGGCGUUGGAGCUUGGCAGCGGUCGCCAAAAAGACAAAUAUUCCUCUCAUCAUGA